CCAAACUCGCAACUCUCUUCUCCUCACUCUCUCUCCCACGCGCACAGAGACGAAAACUUUUUUCCUUUCCAAUGGAGGCGACUGAGGUUCGACUUGGAGGGUACGACGCCGUUCUGGACACGGCCGAUCCGCCACGUGUCUGUUCCACCGUUGACACCGCCUCCGCAAGUGUUGGAGCUAGGUACAAGCUCAUGUCGCCGGCCAAGCUGCCGAUCUCGCGCUCUCCCUGCAUUACGAUCCCUCCUGGACUCUCGCCGACGUCGUUUUUGGAAUCCCCGGUUCUUCUCUCUAAUGUCAAGGCCGAACCUUCCCCAACCACCGGUUCACUUUUUAAGCCUCAAACAGUGCAUGCAUCUGCUGGUUCUGGUACAUAUUUGGCUACAACAGUUUGUUCCCAUGCAUCAAGGGAAAGAGAAUCCAGCUGUUUUGAGUUUAGACCCAAUUCUGGAUCAAAUAUGGUUCCUGCAGAUCUUAGCCGCCAAAGAAACGAACAAUAUAUGCAAACAGAAGGUCAAUGCCAAAAUCUGUCUCUUGCUUCGCCUACCAUUAAGAGUGAGAUGGCCAUCUCAUCAAAUGAGUUGAGUCUAUCAGCACCAGUUCAGAUGGGUACUUCAGGGGCUACUGUGCCUCUUGAAGUUGAUGCAGAUGAUCUAAAGCAGAUAGAGAACCCAAGUGCUGCAAUCCAGACAUCACAUUCUGACCACAAAGGAAAUGGGACUUCUAUGACAUCUGAUGAUGGAUAUAAUUGGCGUAAAUAUGGUCAGAAGCUUGUUAAAGGGAGUGAAUUCCCACGCAGUUAUUACAAGUGUACACAUCCUAAUUGUGAAGUGAAAAAGCUAUUUGAGCGCUCUCAUGAUGGACAUAUAGCAGAGAUAAUAUACAAGGGAACACAUGAUCAUCCUAAACCUCAGCCAAGCCGUCGAUAUUCUGCUGGUACUAUCAUGUCCAUCCAAGAUGAAAGAGCUGACAAGCUUUCAUCCCUAACUGGUCGAGAUGACAAGUCAGCCAGCAUUUAUGGUCAGAUGUCUAAUACCGUGGAGCCAAAUGUUGUAUCUGACCUGUCACCUGCAGCCGCAAAUGAUGAUGGUGCAGAAGGGGCUGAGGGUGAUGAUGAUGAUCCAUUUUCCAAACGGAGAAAGAUGGACACCAUGAUGGCUGAUGUCACUUCAGUGGUGAAGCCUAUCCGGGAACCACGUGUUGUUGUUCAGACACUUAGUGAGGUUGAUAUACUAGAUGAUGGAUAUAGGUGGCGCAAAUAUGGGCAGAAAGUGGUGAGAGGGAAUCCUAAUCCCAGGAGCUAUUACAAGUGCACAAAUGCUGGAUGCCCAGUUAGAAAGCAUGUGGAGAGGGCAUCACAUGAUCCAAAAGCGGUUAUAACAACUUAUGAAGGGAAGCACAAUCAUGAUGUACCUACGGCAAGAACUAGUAGCCAUGACACUGCUGGACUACCGUCUGGGGCUGGACCACCAUCUGGGGCUGGACCAUUGAGGAUUGUAGCAGCAGAAAGUGACACAAUUAGCCUUGACCUUGGGGUUGGGAUCAGUUCUGCUGCUGAGAGUAGAUCAAAUGAGCAAUCACAAGCACUGCAUUCUGAACUUUCCCAAGGCCAACGUUAUGCUAGCAGUUCCAAUUUUAAGAUAGUUCAAGCAACAUAUUAUGGUGGCAUGAAUCAGUAUGGAUCAAGAGAAAGUCCCAUUGAUGGCCGUGGAAUCAACAUUCUACCAUUGAAUCAUUCUUCUUACCCAUGUCCUCAAAACAUUGGAAGAAUACUAACGGGUCCAUGAAUUUCUGAAAAUAAAAACAAAAAAUAAAUUGCUCUGGUAUAUUUUCUUGUCUUCUUUUCAGCACUUCUAAGAGAAAAAACAAAGGCCAUAACCGUGUUUGGAAAGUAUGAAUUGUUCUAUAUGUGAUAGUUGUCUAUGAGCUGAUGGUAGUUGAGUUCCACGUCUGCAAAAUGCCUUCCUAUUUAUAAUUAUUUCAGUUUGUAUUAACUUCUUAGAGCCCAAUGUUUUGUACAAAUGUGAAACUGAUGCAGCAGUAUUAUAAAGCAAAUUCUUGAAAUGGAAUUUGUUAGAAAUGUAUUCUAUAUUGUGUUUUUGUGUAAACUUUUGAGAGUAGUAAUUGUGAUUCUGAAUGUUUUAAAGUUUUUGACA